AAAUGGUCGUUCGCUUCAAACAAAACACUGCGCCCGCGCAGCGCGGCCGCCUACCGCGCUCCUGUGCUUGUUAUUAUGACAAUUACGUGAACACAUGGACUCGUUUGUGUAUGCAGUCGAUAAACAGUGAAACUUGUGUGGCGCAAUCGCAUCUUAUCAAGCUGCGAUGGCGGUAUGCGACAAAUGGGUCGCCCUAAAGAUAGUAGAGUUUUUAUUCUGCGUGGCGUGCCUGGUGGCGAAGCGCGUGUCGUCCGACGAUGAGGCACGGUUGGCGUUGCUGCUGCAGAAGCUGUCGCGGGAGUGGUCGCUGCUCACCUCCGUCACGUGGGACUCCGUGGGAGGAGCAUUCGCUGAUGCUGUGUAUGGGGGUUACGUGAUAAUAACCUUCGGGUUGAUCCUGGCGCGAGUGUUUCAAGAGAUACCGAGAGGUCGCCGCAUACUUGAAGGCUUCUUCCUCGGAUUUGGUUUGCUGUUCUUCCUAGUUUUAGGUGGCCUCGAGUUGGCGUCUCUGGAUUCUGUCCCGAGGAAUUUAGUGGUGAAUGCAUCCGUUCUUGGAACCCUAUCGUUGAUUGUCGCCGCGUUGUUCCUCGUAGACCUUAUGGGUCCUAGGAUAUAUACCAAAGCACAAAAGUCUCAAACGGAUCCAUUCUCGUCACCAAAAACAGAGAAGAAAGUCUCCAUAGCAAGUCCAGCGCAGCCAGUUGCCAACGGGCAUAUUGUGCCUGUUGAGAAACAGAAUGGAAACGCGAAGCCGGAGAGACCAAAAGAUUUGGACUUGGAAAAAAAUGCAGAACUGAAUACAAAGAAAGAAGAGUCCAGCCUCUUCGAUGAGCCCAAACACGAUUACACGAAAUUCGAGGACGAUUUCCUUCAAAGAGACGAAUUGGAAAAAUCCAAAUUUGGCUCAUUACGGAAUGGCAUUGAAAGCGGGAAUUACUUCAGACUGUCCGAUCCGUUAAUGGAAAUCGACAGGUUCCAUUAUGAACAGGAGCUCGCGAAAUUCAAUGAGAAAUAUUUGAGAAGAUAUUUAGAAAUCACCGACGGGAGAUUGCCCGUAAAAGAAGAUUACCUUCCAGAACUACAGACGCCCGUCUUUUCAAAAGUAAAGACUGGGCGAUUGAAGAGUUUGUACGACGAAGUCUCCCCGACUUACGAACAAAAACGGCAGUCGAAAUCUCCGUCCAGAGCUCAAAAAGUGUCAACGCCGACUUUGCAGCAGUUGGAAGAUUAUUUACGAUCUUCAAACAGGUCGAGAAGAGGUGACACGCCGGCGAUGUUUCCUAUGGAGCCAAUUGUUGAAAAAGAAGCCACCGAGACUGAAGGGAGAGCUUCUGGUACUCCGACUGACCCUGGAUUUGUGCAAUACACUGCCGGCAAAUGGCCUGAUAAACGGGAAAUACGUACUCCGAGACAUAGCCCCACGUAAUAACUUAUUGACUCUUGACUGAUGAGCGACUGUGCGAGUUUGUGAAUGUGUGUGAUCAUAUAAAUAGCCAUUGUAUUUAAUUAGUUAUAAAAUAAAUAUAGACACUAAUAUAAUUUUAUAUUACGACAACGAUAAUAAACUAAUUUUACUA